AUGUCUGACUGGUCCGACCUUACCGCGGCUCUCAAAGGAAAUCUAGACAAGCUCUCCGAGCUCCUCCAAUCUGACGAUCAGCUGAAAGCCUUCACGACGUCAAACGCUAUCGAGAAGGACGUCACGUUUGGUAUCAAGUCAAGUGGUUCGGACAACACCCUCCUCAUCACAGUGUCCAAUGGCAGCGCAAAAGCCAGCACUGGCGCGUCGAAAGAUGCUCUAUUCACGCUUGUGGCUCUCCCCGAACAAUGGGAACAGCAUUUCAAGGCAGUCCCGGCUAUGCCGUACCAGAGCUAUUGGGGGAUGUUCGGCAUGAACAUCAAGCAAAAAGGCAUUGAAGUGCUGGGUGACCAGACAGCCUUCGCGCAGUGGACCCAUGUAUGGAGGCGCGUCCUAGAGCUCACACAUGACGCGCACUGUGGACCAAUGAAGGAAGACGAGCAAGUCGAACCGGAGCGGGAUUUCCUUACCGGAAAGUACACAUAUCUUGAGGCUCCAGUGUGGGGUAGAUGUAAGGUCUUCUACGAGUACUCUGGUGAGGGAAAGCAACCCAUUGUCUUCUUACAUACCGCUGGCAGCGACAGCCGGCAAUAUCACGGCGUUAUGAACGAUGCGAGGAUGCGCAAGAAGUGCAUCAUGUAUGCGUUUGACCUGCCUGGGCAUGGACGAAGUUUCCCAUCGAAGAACUACGCACCAGGCGCGCAUACGAAUACUGAAGAUAGCUACGUGGGGAUGAUCGCAGCUUUCGUGAAAGCUCUUGGCCUGCGAAGACCCAUCAUUUGCGGCGCGAGUAUGGCUGGCCAGAUUUGUUUGGCAGUUGCGAUUCGACACAGGGAAGUUGGCGCCGCGGGAGUCAUUCCUCUGCAAGGGUCCGACUACCUCAAUAUGGAGCGACAAUGGCACGACCGCUCUCCAGUAGUCAACCAGUCGCUUUUCAACCCAGAAUGGAUCUACGGGAUGAUGGCACCAACCACACCUCGCGCGAAUAAACAGCUCAUAUGGCACACAUACAGUGCCCAAGCCUACGGCAUCUUCCACGGCGACCUCGACUUCUACUUUGGCGGCUGGGACGGCCGAUCGCGCGUCGCCAAGGUCGACACCCAGAGUUGUCCCGUAUACAUGUUGACUGGCGAGUACGAUUGGUCCAAUACACCAGAAAUGGGACAGAAGACGGCAGACAAGAUACCUGGGGCUAUGCACAAGAGCAUGCCGGAUCUAGGUCAUUUCCCAGCUACGGAAAAUCCGGCCAAGUUUGUGCCGCAUCUCAUCGAAGCGAUUGAUCAUAUUCAGAAGGAGCCGGAGCUUUAUCCUGGUCACUGCUUCUUGUGCGACGGCAUCCCGGGACUGACAAACCUUUUGCGAGAUGAUGAUCCAGGUGUCAUUGCUAGAGAGCACCUACGAGAUGGCAGCUAUGCAGACCCCGAUCCCAACCAAGUAGUGGAGUGGGGCCGUACCAAUGCCCGAGAGCGGACAGAUGAGUCGGAAAGACAGGCGCAUUCCAAGAGAGAGACGGCAAGGGAACAAUCGCUGUUUAACAACGGUGUUCCACCUCCAAUAACAAGUUUUGGCCAGGCAAAUAAAGAUGGAAGAUCUCGCCCAGCACCAGCGAACGCCCUUUUCGAUGCCGUCAAAUUCGGAUCCCACGAGCGAGCAAAUCGAUUGGAGAGGGAAAACGGGAUUACACAACGAGAGUCGGCCCAGCCCCGUAGAUCUAGCAGUAGUAUCCUACCGCCUGGUGUGCCAGGAAAGGGUGGUGUAACACCUCGCAAGUGUGCAAACUGCGGCAAGGUGGGCCACAUCAAGACAAACAAACAGCUCUGCCCGCUCCUAAACGGCCAAAGGAAACAAGACGACACGUCUAGGGACGCAAAUGCAAGUGCUGCCGCAGGGAAUUCGGACAAUAUCAUCAAAGAGUCCCAGCUCACACCACCGGACGCUCAACCGUAG